AUGUCAAAGAUAGCCGCACCUCCAAUUGGGAAUGCCUCUACACCGGUUCCAGUCUUGAAAACACAACCCCGACUCAAAGGUAAGGCUAGGAAGCUUGCGAAAGAAUGCAAAGAAAGACAGCAAGUUCAAGAAAGUGUACCUGUGUUGAAAACGCCCUCAAAGAAGUACACUAUCACGACAAUAGAAAUCUUGAAACAAGCGAAGUUUGUCACUGAAAAAAUUGAACUACCACAAACGGUUCGAAAGGUUCUACAAAGAGCGAUUCAUGCUCGAAAACGCUGUGCAGAUUGGUUCGAGUCAUCCAAGUUUGGGAACCAGUCUUCGAACAAUGGUCAUCAACAUUUCAUCGAACUUCUACAGGAUAUUCUUAGUGCUCUAGACCAGGGUGAAAAUGACAGGAGUCAUUCGAAUAGUAUGAAUGUUUCAUGCAAGACCUCAAGGAACUCCCAAGACACAGAAUCCUCUUGGACCGAAAAUUUCAAUAGAUUUCAAAACCUGGAGAUUGAGGACUGUUUUGAAGAAGACAGUGAGGUCGAAAAUGAUCAAGAGAGUUCCGAGCCCAAUGUCGAUACCCCAGAUACUUCAGACACUUUUCAUCGUAGUGAACAGGAGAUCUUGCGCAACGCACCAAAGUUGUUCUCGAAGGCACGAUCCUAUGACACCAUUGCAGCUGUCAUAUUCUACGCAAACGGAUCCAACACUGAGAAAGACCCAACACAGAAAAUGGAGCCGAAGGAAUUGUUGCGGCCUACGCCCUUCGAUGACUUCAUAUAUCUAUCCACUGCUCGUAUUUUGAUGAAACACGACAAUAUUUGUAAGAUGGGCGCGGGUUAUCCUAUUCUUUUACUUCCGCUACGGGCAGCCUACAUUUCAUGCCCGGAACUCCUGAGAACUCCCUACAUGGAUAAGAAAGAAAAAGAGGAUGCUUUACUUUCACAACUCAUCAUUGAUCUCGACCUGUUCGACAUAUAUAACAGAUUGACGAAAGAAGAUGUAGUUCGAGGUCCGGCACUAUAUGCACCUCCAGCCGCAGAUGCUUUGACCGCCGGCUUAUCGAAAUUAAAAGUUGAAGGACACAUUAGUGUCACUGUCGUAUUUGCUUCCCAAAUAUUCCUCGAUUUGAACGAAAUACUUGGUGAUGACAUCACAGAAGGACGCAAAGAUUGGGAGAGGCUAGCUUCUAAAAGCCAAAGUAGCCUAGAUUCCUGUCUCUAUCUUCCAAAGGAUACCGCUAGUGGUUACUGUUGGAAUCCUAACGACUUACAUACGCUUAAGAAGAUACUCGAGAUCAAUUCCAGGUAUACCGACUCCACAAUGUUCAAAAAACUCAAAGACUGCUUCGUAGAUGAAAACUGCCCAGGGCCGGACUGGGGAAAGGUGAUCUAUAACGAGUCUACUUCUACAACAAGCUUGGUCAAUCGCUUGGAUCAAUAUUCAAGUAGCACUUCUGUCCUCCAACCAAUGGCGAGCAAGAAAACACACUGCACGGAGAAAGGAAACCUACCAGGAGUACAGUUCUCCAAAGAUCCAGUACUAACCAACACCUACACUCGGUUUCCAGUGCGUGCUAUUCUUUCGGAUGGCCGUUUAGCCCGUGACUGGAGCAAAAAACGGUUGAUAAGAAUUGGCGCAGUUACGAAAGUUGGCAAUACCGAGACUCACAACCAGCAACUUAUCAAACGUUUCAGGCAGCUCGAUAUUCGAUUAAUAAGACCGCACAGUGAUUCAUUGUUUUUCUACACACACAAUCCCGUGUACUGUGGGAUGAUUGCUCUCAGAUUAACGACGAGCUACGACGAUGCCGGUCUUUGCCCAUGCUGA